AACACAUCUCCAAGGUAACGGCCGUCAUUUUGUUUAAAACAACACGACCUUCGUCUUGGAUGAAAUUGAGCAAAAUAAAUCACAACAUAGCUUAUUAUAGAGAAAGAACAGCUCAGAAAUGUCAAAGGGAACGACUAUAAAAGAUGCAAUUGCUAAAUGGGAAGCUAAAGAGGGGAAGAAAGCAGCAGAAGCAACMGAAAUAAAACUUUAUGCUCAAUAUCCUCCAGUUGAAAAAAUGGACGCAUCAUUGUCAACCUUAACUGCCUGCACAAAACUCUCAUUAUCAACCAACUGUAUUGAGAAGAUUGCUAAUCUCAAUGGACUAAAAAACCUUAAAAUUCUGUCCCUUGGAAGAAAUAAUAUCAAGAAUCUCAAUGGUUUGGAAGCUGUUUCUGAUACCCUGGAAGAACUGUGGAUAUCAUACAAUUUGAUUGAAAAGCUGAAAGGUAUUGGUGUACUUAAGAAACUGAAGGUUCUAUAUAUGUCCAACAAUCAAGUCAAAGUCUGGGAUGAGUUCCAAAAGCUUUAUGAGCUUCCUUUGCUAGAAGAUCUUCUUUUUGUUGGAAAUCCAUUAGAGGAGACACAAACAGCGGCCGGAACRUGGCGCGAUGAAGCAACAAAAAGACUACCAAAGCUAAAGAAACUCGAUGGAGUCCCAGUCGUCAAAGAAGAAGAAGAAGAGCAAGAGGAAGAAGGCUGACCUCUUACAUUUCAUCGAGGUGUAAACAUAUUGUACAAAGAUAAUUUUUCGUUUCUUGAUCAUUAUUUUACUURUAUUCAUUGUAAAGACAGUACAUAUACGAUAUUUGGUCGUGUUGUAUUCUGAGAACUCUCAGAGCGGUAUGUACAUUUAGGCUUCCUGUAAAUUAUUCCUUUUAAACCUUUGAACAUAGAUUUGAAUUUUUUCAGCU